AUGCACGACUCUUACGCCGUCAAUAUCAAAAUGGAACAGCAUUAUGGCCUUCACCACGACGAUGAUUUUGCCACCGCUGCAAUGGUCCAAGUUGCCCCCGACUCCCCGCAUCACUCUCCGCCAAAUGAUUACGGCGACUUCGACUUCUCAACUUCGGUACAUGCUCAACUGGAUUCAAUGUACAACCGGCCCUUGCAAUCUGCAUUUCCCACUCCCCAGCCUUUGCAUCCCCUAAUCACCAUGCCGCAAUGGCCUAGUCAGAUCACCAGUCCAUCGGAAACCAGCAGCCCUCCACCGGUGGUACAUCUACAGCCCAGGCCCAUCCUGCCACUUUCCAAAACCGUUCCGACCAUACCGAAGCUUGCCACUGUAUCACCCAAAGAGAAACCAACGCAGUCCUCAUCACGAAGAACACUCACAGAUAGCGAUCGUCGGAAGAUGUGCGAGUAUCAUAAUGAGAACCCCAAUGUAAAGCAGACAGAAAUAGGCGCCAUGUUUGGUGUCGAGAGGAGUACCGUCUCCAAAGUCUUACGAAAUAAAGACAAGUAUCUCGUUCAAGAAGAAGGCAAUCGAUCUCCAAUACGAAGAUCCAAAAGCAAAUUUCCAGAUAUUGAGCGAACGUUAUCCCAAUGGGUAAAGAACCGCAUCAGUCAGCGACUACCGCUAGACGAUAGCACCAUCAGAGACCAAGCGCGGAUAUUCGCGACGACAGUAGGCAGCUCGGAGUGUCAUAAUCAAGUAAACGAUCCUGCUUGGCUGGAACUAUUCAAACAAAAGAACCAUCUGCCAGGUGCAAAACCAGGCGAGAUCAAAGACGAGAACGAUGCGCUUUGCCCGGAGACCAAAUCUGGCUCGCAGACACCCAAUGGCAUCUCACCUGUCGGAUGGGAUGGUCUGCCCAUAAGUCCGCCAAAGGAGGAGUUCAACGCCCACAGUCCAGACAACUACAUCGACUCGAACAACAACUACGGCCACGCGCAUUCGCAAAGCGCAACAUCUCUUGGCAGCUGCUUCUCAGAGAUCUCCUCUUUCGCCGGCGACUUCCGCAGUCCCACCUCACCUUACUUCUCCCCAAUGUCAAGCUGCGGCCCUUCGCCAUCCAUGCCCGCUCAAAAAAUGGCCCGUCUCCCACCUUUAGCACCCGCAGGCGCGUUGCGACGUCGACAGACCGUCCCACUGAUUUCGUCGGACUCCUCCCCGGACUCGACAACCUCCAAACCCCUCCCCCAGUCAAUGGCAUCCUCCACCCUCGACUCCCCCCACGACGAAAUGGACAUCUCCCCCCUGAGCGCCACGGACCCCUCCCUGCACCCCUCUCGCUCGUCCACCUCGAACCCGUCCCCCCUCUCCAUGGCGCCCCCCUCCAGCAUGACGCUCGGCUCCAGCAACCCCGGUUCCGCCGUCAGCGCCAGUCCCCUCACCUCCAACAACUCCCCCUCGUCUCCCCCUUCGCAAGACGAAGCGCGCGCCGCCCUGUCCACGCUCAUGACGUUCAUCAAGCACCAACCGAACGGCGCGGUCGACCCGCACGAUUAUCUCGUCAUGGGCAAAUGGAUGCACAUGCUCAAGCUGGAAACGGGAGAACUGCCGGGGGGCAUGCAGGCGAUCCAUCAGCAACAUCCGAUGCAAGGCAGCGAGAGGGCGGACGGGACGGUGCCGAUUGGGAGGAAGAGGAGCGAGCAUUCGCUGUCGUGA